AUGGGACUGGAUCAAGAGAAAAUCAAAAAGCGUUUGUCGCAGAUCGAGCUGGACAUCGACAAAAUGAACCAGAUGAUAGAUGACAAUUUACAACUUGGUACGACAAACGAUGAGGAUCAAGAACAAAGUAAGGAGAUUGACGAUACUGAUACUGUUAAUAAAAAAGAAGAAGAAGAAGAAGAAGAAGAAGGUAAUGCCGAGUUAGAGAUGAAUGAGGUUGUUGCCGAAGUGGUCCAAAAGGCUCCUGUUCAUCUGGAUUCUAUUUACGAUUCUCAACAUGAUGGUCUUGGGGAGCCAGUCAAAGUAGUAGACGGCAAGACCCAUAAAGUCUCACAGGCACAUGAUGAGAAUGCUGUUGGUAAGCUCUCACUAGAGAAAGUUGUAUCAGCGGCUAAGAGCAUUGCAAGUGCAGCUGAAGAGAUGGUUGAUACGUCAAUUGAUGCAACCGUAGGACCUGAAGUAGACGAACCAGUAGGAGAGACCUCAUUAGAAAAAGUUAUAUCAGCAGCCAAAAGUGUUAGUAGCGCUGCUGAGGAGAUGGUUGAUAAUUUACUUGACACAGCAGGAGAACCUGUUAAUAAUAACGACUCCAAGAUAACACCGAAAGAUGAAGUAAUGGAUAAUGCAGCAGAAACCUCUGUAGAGAAAAUAGUCAAGGGUAUCGAAAAGGUGAAUAAUGCAGCAGAGAUGAUGGGUAAUGAAACAGUGCAAGCACCUGUAGUGGCACCAGUGGCACCUCAAACAACAACUGAGAAUAAUAAUAUUAAUGAUGACAAUGAAUGGGAAGAAAUCAGUGAAGAGAAUACAGAGACAGUUGAUAAAGAUACAAGCAAGAUUGUUCUUCCAAAACACACUGGUCAUAACACAACAGAUACAACUCCUACGAUAGCAGACGACGCGAUGAUAGAACGUAUCACAUCAAAACGUCUGCCAUCCAGAUCAUUCCGUGUAAUAUCUGUAGGUUCCACGAAUUCUUCUUUAACGGAACGCAAUAUCUCCCCAAUAUCCACUGGUUCAAUCGACUCCGAAGAGACUACACUAGAAAGAUUGGAACAACGAUACGACCACCUGAGUAACAAGACUGGGAAACUGACCAAGGAGAUCUCAUACCUAACUGGGAUGGUGAAUAAAGGCAACCUAAGUAUCGAUGACUCUAAGAGACUAAAAGUCGCAUUAACAAAACUUCAAGAAUACCUCGACCGCAAGACUAAAGAGCGUUACGAGACCGGUGUACUACUAAGUCGUCAACUAAGAAGACAAAUCGACAAGGGAGAGAACGGCCAGUUCUGGGUCGGGAACAAGUAG